AUGGAGGGAUCUGCAAACAAAGCUCUGGAGAAACGUUCUGCGUCUGCCCGUUUAAUUAUGUUGGAAAGAACUGUUCUCGAGGUGAAUGUGGUCACACUUACUGCUUCAACUUAUAUUUUAACAAUCAAGCAACAACUAAUCGACUCUCAAUUCUACAAAAAUGAGGAAUUUUAUUGGGUUUUACAAGAAUAUUUUGUUUUUCAUUCAGUUGGAUUACUUAUUCAAGUUGAAAUGAAUCUCUACGUCAAUGGACUGCCAAUUAACUGGAGUUAUGUGGAUAAAACGGAAUCUGGAAUUAGUAAUGCUGCUUGCAAAAAGGUAAUGUGA